ACUUCCUGUCGUGCAGGUGUACUCCCCGAUGUCGGCGGGCCUGGGGGCCACGGGCUCCGUGUCCGGCUACAUGUCGGCCGGCGGCGGGGCGGCCUCCUUCAACGUGGCGUACGGCGGAGCCGGCGUCAGCCCCGCCCCCGUGUCCGGGAUGGGCGUGUCCUGUCUGGGCAACGGCAUGAGCGGGGGGGCCGCGAGCCCGUGCGGCGGCGGCGGCGUAGGGCAGGCGCCGGGACCGCAUCACCCCCACCACCACCACCACCACCACCAGCACCACCACGCAUACGGCGGGGUCAGUCCCGGGGCCCAGUACGGCGGCGGGGUGGGCGGGGCCCUGAGCCUGAACCCCAACCGCGGCCGCGACAGCAAGCCGGCGCGGCGCAGCUACCCGCACGCCAAGCCGCCGUACUCGUACAUCUCGCUGAUCACGAUGGCCAUCCAGCAGGCGCCGGGCAAGAUGCUGACCCUGAGCGAGAUCUACCAGUGGAUCAUGGAGCUGUUCCCCUUCUACCGCAACAACCAGCAGCGCUGGCAGAACUCCAUCCGCCACUCGCUGUCCUUCAACGACUGCUUCGUCAAAGUGUCCCGCUCGCCCGACAAACCGGGCAAAGGCUCCUACUGGACGCUGCACCCGGACUCGGGCAACAUGUUUGAGAACGGCUGCUACCUGCGCCGCCAGAAGCGCUUCAAGUCCGACAGGAAGGGCCCGGCGGACGGGCCGAAGGAGCGCAACGGGGGCGGGGGCUCGCCCUGCGGCCACGCCCUCAAAGCUCCGCCGCUCGCCGCCGCCGCGUCGUCCCCGCCGCCCUCGUCCGGCCGCCGCUCGCCGCCCGGCCCCAAAGCGGCCGGCCCGCAGCUGCUCUCGUCCCUGUGCCUGCCCCCGCACGGCGUGGAGCUGAAGGCCGACGCCCACUACGCCUUCAACCACCCCUUUUCCAUCAACAACCUCAUGUCGUCGCCCGAGCAGCACAAACUGGACCUGAGGGCCUACGACGCCCUCCAGUACUCGUCCUACGGCGCCGGGAGGGCCGGCGAUCCGCUGGAGGCGCCCUACUACCAGGGGGCCUGCGCCAGAGCGCUGCUCAACACCUCCUAGGGUGGCGGCGGGGGCGGGGGCUGGGGCUGGGGGGGGGCUGCAAACUUUGGGGCUU